AACCUUAUUUAAGUGCAGUUUGUGUUGGUGUUAUGAGAUCUUAAGUAAUUUAUAAAUAUUAAACUAUGAUAUCGGACACGGAAUUGGUUUUGAAAUUAAAGGGCGGCGGCUCCUUCGUUAAACUGCCUCCAGUAUUCUCAGAUAGCAAAGAGUAUGUAAUUGUUGCUGGAGUUGAUUGCUUGUAUUCAUAUCAUGUGAAAACUGGUAAGAGGUUUCUUGUCUUCAAAGAUUGCAAUGAGAAGAUUGUUGGUUUUGAUGUUUACAAUUUGGAGGGAUCUGAGCAAUUAAUAGCUUGUACAAGAAAAGGAACAGUUAUUUGCUGGAAUCUAAAUACAGCUGUUAAAUUGUAUUCCUUUGAAACAUGUCGGAAGAAUGUGAAGAAGUUUAAGUUGGUGAACAGAUUGUAUAAGGGAAAUGUAAUGCAGAAGGCUAUGAUUUGUUGGAAGAAGGAUAAGAGAAUAAAUUUUGGAUUUUUGGACUUAAGCUCAAAAAAAUUCAAAGAACUAACAAUUAGCUUUGAUAUUGGGGACAAUUUUCUUGUCGAUGUUGGAGGACCAGUAGAUAAUGUUUUCAUCUGUUUACUUGAAAAUAACAUAUUGAGAUUUGUCACUCUGAAUGACCCCAAUAAUAUAAUCACAAAGAAGUCUUCAGCGAAUUUCACAUAUGUUUUAUGCCAUCCAGAGUAUGAAUGUGUGUUAACAGGGGAUGAGCAGGGUCGGAUUAUUUCUUGGCUAAAAAUUUUGCAAGAAUGUACAAAAACUAUUUAUCAUUGGCAUUCUUUACCAGUUAAGUCAAUUUGCUUAUCCAAGGGGGGCAGCACGUUUUACAGUGGUGGCAACGAGGCUGUCUUGGUACGCUGGGAGUUAUUUGAGCCGUUGAACAGGCGAUUUUUACCGCGAUUGCCUUCUGCUAUUGAACAACUCUCCGUUUCGGAAGAUAAUGUGUUUGUGGCUAUCAGUACCAGCGACAAUGCCGUGAAAAUCAUCAGCAGUUAUUUCGAUAAUGUGAGCAACAUUCAGCAUCUCGUAUUGGGCGAUAAAUUCCCCGGAGGAAUUGUUUUUGAUCCAAGGACGAAAGCGCUUGUAAUGAACGGAGUCACCGGUUGCUUACAAUGGUAUUCCCCGUAUGACAUGAAUCUUCUGUUUUCGCUUGACGUAAGCGGGAGGAAUAAAGUUACUGGAGAUGACGUCGAUAAAUUCGUAAUUCCUAUCGAUAUCGUUCUCUUUGACAUUAACCAGUUGGGGUCAUGGACGGCGACGGUGGAGGAAUUGCAUUCGGGAGACGAGUUAAGUUUCGAGUGCUUUUUGAAGUUCUGGCACUUUGAUGCCACAGAGCAAAAGUUCAAAUUGAACUCGUCCAUCAUGUAUCCGCACGAAAAAAAGAUUACAGCGAUAAAGUUCCAGCCAUCAAAUAAGGAGAUUGACAUCCGUUGUAUCACAACUAGUGAGGACAGAUUAUUUAAAAUUUGGCAAUUGUUCGAUAGUUCUGAUAUGUACGGUUGUUCUGUUGGAUGGCGUAAUGUCGGUUCUGGAUUCUAUAGGGAUUUGACACCCAGUUCCCUGAGUUUUUCGCACGACGGCUCUAUAGCCGCGAUUCCGUUCAAUAACAUUCUAACCACCUGGCUCCCAAAAACGUGCGAGCUUAAAUGUUCUUUGGCACAUCCAAUUUAUAAGGAAGAUAUCAAACAAGUAGCUUUCGGUGUUGGCUCCCAGUGCCACUUGGUGGUAGCAGCCUCAAAUGAUAGGUUGAGCGUUUGGAAUCUUUUGACUUUAUCGAUGACUUGGACCGUCCGUCUGAAUAUUUCCUUCCUGCAGGCCGAUUUUACCACACCAUACAUGUCUGUUUUCACAGAUAAUAAAAUGUUCGUGUUUGAACCAAGCAGUCCAAAACCAGUGUAUAUAAACAAGGAGAUCGGGUCUAAUGUGAUCUGCAGCAUAUUUACACCCAAUAGAUAUAAAAGUAGAACCAAUGGAAAGUGGCAUGAGAAGUCACAAAUUUAUUUUAUUACGUCAGAAAAGCAAUUGUAUUGCUUAGAUACCAACGAAGAGACGGAGGAGUACACUCAAUUCGUUUAUGAGGAAACGAACAACACGUUGUUUAGUCAGAUCACCCCCAAUAUCAAGACAAGCGCUAUGGAGCAGUACGAGCCGAUUGUACACAACUACAAGAAAUCCUCUAUUAAGAAACUUAAUAUGUUAUUGGAUUAUCCACCACAUACGAUGCCGCCAACAAGUUUGCUCUGCGAGUCAGUAUUGAGCACGAUGAUCUUUGAAGCUCAGAAACAAAACAAUGCCAAUCAGUCUGAUUCGAAUAGCGCAGAAGAGCAGGGCGAUGUUACUAAGAUCGAAAUCAAAGAGAAAAAUGACAUGGACGUGGACACUAAUGAACAGUUGUCUAGUAUUAAUCUUAAGCCUGCGGAAUGGAUGAUAGGUUUACUGUAGAAUAAAUAAUUAUCUAUUUCGCAAUUUUAAAAUAAACUAUCUUUUAUAUUAUACCUACUU